CCCUGAUCUGUCAGCCGGCUGGCUUGGCGCCUCCCCUCUCCUCUAUAAAUGUAGGAAAUCUAUUCAUUCCUUUCACACUGAGCCUGCUGAAGUAAGAGGAACUGUGUGGCUUCACGGGAUGUGUUGACAGACUAGAAUUCCGCCUUCUGGUUUUAUCUCAUUCUCUCUCUAAUUUACGGCACUAUUAGAGUCGCUUUGCCGUGUUUACAGCGCCGUUGUAUCAUCUCAAAUACCUCCUGCUACCAGAAGUGUAAUUGUUUAAUUUUUUUUAUUUCGCUGCCUCUCUCUGAGUCGUUGGUUAUCUAAGAUGAAGGCUGUUACUCCAGUCCAACCCCAGGACUCCUCCUCCAGCAGCAGCCAGCUCCCCCUGCACUGUCUGUCGAAGCAGAGUCUCAACAUCGCCCGGUGCAGGAUGGAAGAAGAGGACCUGUUCUGCCUGCAGUACGACAUGAACGACUGUUACAGCCGGCUGAAGCGCCUGGUGCCUACCAUUCCACAGGAUAAGAAAGUCAGCAAAGUGGAGAUCCUCCAGCAUGUCAUUGACUACAUCCUGGACCUGCAGCUGGCCCUGGAGACGCACCCUUCUCUCCAUAAACAACAACCACAGCGGACCGGGACCUGCACUCCUCCAGCUUCCAACCCUAGCAGGACACCGCUGACUGUGCUCAACGUUGACCACCACCAGAGGACGUCAAUAGUCAAAAAGCCGGAGGACUCGAUUUUAUGCCGCUGAGACACGAGCACUGCAUUUGGUGUGCAGGGCUACACAGAGCCGCUCCAAAGCCAGCAAAGCUUCGCCAGGGACUCACACCCAACUGGAGGCACAAUCACAAGGGGAUUUCAAAAACCGCUGGGAGGAAUUAAAACCCAAAUAAAAUCACAAUUCAUAUCAGUUUUUUUUUUUUGGUUCCACAGAACGAGGAAUCAGUGUGUAGACAGCAACAUCCUCCUCCUCCUCCUCCUCCUCCUUCUUCCCCCUCUGUUUAAGUUGCUCUCACUUCACUUCUUGUCACUUGAGACUUUUCUAAAACAGUGAAACCGUGGAAUCCCCAUGUUUUUGUUGGAAACCUCUCUGUCAGCAGCAUAUGGAAACUGUUUGUGAAUUGUGCUUAAAGAAUAACUAAAAACGACUCCAGUUUAAAGCUUUACUAAACUGCGAAAAAAUCAUUGUACAUGUUUUUGGGACAUCUAUUGUUUAAAAUAGAUGAUUUGUGUUGAACAGGGACGUUCCUCCCUGGUAUCUUAAAAAUGUUUGAUAUUGUAAAGAAGAACAAUUCUGAUUCGAGACAAUUAAGAUUGUACAUAUAGAGAAACAAAUGUUCUAUAAAAGUAUGUGAAAGGAAGACUUAUAUGCUUAAAAUAGACUAUUGUAAUUAUAAGAUAUUUUUAUUAAAAACCUUUUUUUGUCGUUAUGUAAAUAUUGUGUUUCCACUUUUAAGUCUUUAGUGAAUGAAUGUGGUUAUGCUCUGCCAAUAAUGUCCUCACAUGAUGAUAUCAGUUAACUUCUUUGCAGUGUUUUUUGGAAUAGUUGAAUAUGUAGCAUGUCAGGCUCAUUGCAGAGAUAUUGAAUGUGCACUGAAGCAGCCCUCCCUGUGUAGAUAUUUGGUGGAGUUCAACACAAAGUUCUUUUUACUUCGCCCUGCUCAGCUUUCUCUUUCAAUUGUUUUGUACUCAUUAACUCAGACAUCUCUGACCCUCUCGGUGCGAUGGGUCGGCCUGCUUUUUUUUUUGUUCCUUUUUUUUUUUUUAAAGGCCUAAUUUCAUUCUUUUCUUUUACAUUUCACUCUUAAAGAAAUAAUCAGAUAGCACUUCAUACAGUGUUUAUAAUGUAAGAUCUUUAAAAAAAAAACCCAACAAUGUCUCCAAUGUAUCCCUGUGCAGUCAGAGCUCCUUGAGGAGUUAAUGAUCGACGCCAUGAAAAUAUUAAACUUUGGUAAUGAAUUGAUGAAAUAUGUGAACAUUAACAGACUCUUUUUGGAUUAUAACCAAGUGUAAUCAGCCAGGCAGCAAGCAGGAUGUCUUAUAGCGGAUAUUAAAUGAUCUCCCUGUUGGAAAGUGAGCUGCCGUUGUUAAUGUAAAGAGAGAAAGAAAGAGAAAGAGAAAGAGAGAGAGAAAAAAAAGAAGCCUUUAUUUUUCAUGACAUUGAACACCGAAUUUACCUCACCACCCUCCUGCCAGUGUGAGAGGGCACUUGUACAUUACUGUCAGCUGCACUGUUGGACUUGACCUUCACUGGCUUGUGAGGAGUUGUCAAAACAAUUAAAGUUUCCAGGAAGAA